AUGAUACAUCAAAGUUCUUCUAAGGCACCUGUUAAUAUUGCAGUGAUUAAAUAUUGGGGAAAAAAAGAACCAGAUUUAAAUCUUCCAACAAACUCAUCUUUGUCUGUUACAUUGUCUUUAUCAAAAAUAUGUACGUGGACAACAGUAGCAUGCUCCAAAUCCUUUACCCGUGAUCGUUUUUGGCUGAAUGGAACAGAAGAUGAGUCAAAAAAUUAUAAAAUAAAGAAAUGCCUUUUAAUUCUUCGUUCUUUAAGACAUUCAAAAGAAUGUAAAGAUGGAACACUCGAAAAAUUAAGUCAACAGUGUAUUCAUAUUAUUUCUAAGAACAGCGUUCCCACUGCAGCAGGUUUGGCAUCUUCUGCAUCAGGAUAUGCAGCUCUUGUCAAAGCGGUUUCACAGUUAUUUAAGCUUGAUCAGUCUCCUGAAGAGCUUUCUCGUAUUGCUCGUCAGGGAUCAGGAUCAGCAUGUCGAUCUUUAAUGGGAGGAUUUGUUUUAUGGAAUAUGGGAGUUAUGGCAGAUGGCUCGGAUUCAUUUUCGCAACAAAUAGCACCUAAAUCACAUUGGGAGGACCUUUGUGUUCUUAUUUUUGUAGUUUCUUCAACGAGAAAGAAAGUUUCUUCAACAGAAGGAAUGAAAACUACUAUCUUAACAUCUGAUUUAUUUCAACAUCGAAUCAAACGCGUAAAUUCAUAUAUAAAGGAAAUGGAGAAUGCGAUUAAACACAAAGAUUUUGAGAAAUUUGCUUAUUUAACUAUGAAAGACUCAAAUCAGUUUCAUGCAACGUGUUUUGAUACUUUUCCUCCUAUUUUUUACUUGAAUGAUAUCUCUGUUGCUAUAAUUCAAUUAAUACAUGAGAUAAACCGUUUUGCAAAAAGAACAAUCGCUGCUUAUACAUUCGAUGCUGGCCCUAAUGCAGUAGUUUAUUUUCUUAAAGCAGAUGAAGAUCUAUUACUUGGAACAUUGCAUGAUUACUUGCAUAAUGUUGAUGGUUGGUUAUACCAAUAUAAGGGUAUUAAACUCGACAUUCAUAGUAGUUACUUUUCUCUAAUUCGUGAAAAAAUAAACAAAGUUAUUCUAACUGAGAUUGGUGAUGGGCCUAUACAGACUUCUGAAAGUUUAAUAGAUUCUAAUGGAUAUCCGAUUUGUGAUACAGAAUAA